AGGAGAAGCCCACGAGGCGUUUCUCGGGCCCGGAGGCACCAAUCCCGAGCGAGGAGGGCUCGCCUCCCCUCCUCCAAGCUACAUAAGCGACCCUCCCGACGCGCGGGGAACCUCAGCGGGCGAGAGUGCCAAACUUUGCGCGGAGCGCCAGGGCGCCCCCUUCCGCGCGCGCCGAGGCUCAUGCAGAGCGCCCAGCCGCGCCUGUCCCCCCGCGCUCGCCCGCCGCGGCUGCCGCUGCCCGCGGAUGGGGGCGGCGGGGCUGGCGGCGGCAGCGUCGCCCCCCGUUCCAAGCAGUUGACUUCGUUUCUCAUCCAGGACAUUCUGCGCCGGAGCGACGCGGGGGAGGCUUCCAGCGCGGAGCCGAGGGCAGAAAAGGCGUCGCGGCCGCAUCGCCCAGACGGAGCGUCUCUCAGGGAGGCCACCCCGAGCGAUCUCCUCCCUCUGGGGGCCCCCCGAGCCUCCGAGACGGAUGCCACAGAUCCACCUGCAGAAGUCUGUCGGCCGAACUGUGAGCACUCCUCCAAAUCCUUCCUGAGAGCCCCGAAACAGCUGAAGCGUUCCCGGGCAGCCUUCUCCCACACCCAGGUCAUUGAGCUGGAAAGGAAGUUCAGUCACCAGAAAUACCUCUCUGCUCCCGAACGAGCCCACCUCGCCAGGAACCUGAAACUCACCGAAACCCAAGUGAAGAUCUGGUUCCAGAACAGAAGAUACAAGACCAAGAGGAAGCAGCUGGCCUCCGAACUUGGAGGACUUGAGAAGAACUCGCCUCUCCCAGCCUUCAGAGAAAACCAUUUCUCUAGGGCUACGCUAGCACUUUCUGUAUACCACAGCUAUCAGUAUAAUCCAUAUUUAUGUUAUCUGAAUGGAUGGAGCCCGGUCUUUUGGUAACUAAUGCAGUGGGUGACCCACGUCUCUCAGGGAUUUGCAUGUCUUCGUCCAUUGCCACGCCCCACUAGAUUUGCUACCCUGGAAUCAAUGGCCCAGGUAGACUUUGCAGAGAGAUUUGGUCAACCUGUUCCCUCCCCCACUUCCAGGGGCACUGCUGGGUGUCCUCUUCUCACUAUACACGCUGGGAGAUUAUCCAAAGAACAAAAUUAAUACAAUAAUGUAACUAUCUAUUUCCUCAGUGCCAGGCUAUAAUGUACACCCAUUAACACAGAGUGAAAGAAUUGCGGUAUCCUGAGAAACACAUUAAAACAUGAAAGCCCAAAGCACCACUUUUCAUAACAAGCUGACUGUUCUGGAGAUAGACAGUGCCAGAGAUGCCAGGUUUCAGCCCUAGUUAGUGAGUUAGGAAGGCCAGACAGCAUAGCAAUGAUCAGGUGUUUCAGACCUGGGACCUCCACCUUAAAUGCAAUUUGGCAUUUAAGGACCCACUUCCUUUUUAACUGAAGCGUCGUACAGUGAAUAUGCUUUUCUUGUGAGCCAUCUGAAAGAGUAACAUGAUGGCAGAUAAUGGGUUAGAAAAUUCUGGCUGGGUUCUCAUGUGGCACCCACUGACCAUGUAGUUGGUUUGGGCUCAACGUGGGGUUCAUGUGUAGGCAUUUUUCAGGCUAUAAGCUGCCCUCCCAUUGUGACAUUCAUUUCAUACAUAUACAAUCUGAGAUCCCAGAUGAUUGAAAUGGAUGCCACAAUGAAUGUAUAUUUUUAUUGAAACUUUAAAAAAAGAUUAAAAACCAAUACAAACUAAUAUAAAGUAAAGAAGAAAAAAGAAA